AUGAGCUCAAAAAAAUUAUUGUAUUAAGAAAUAGAUGUAAUCAUUUACUACUAACAUAGUAAACAAAAUAGCAACUUAGUUUACAAAUGUCUCAUUAGAAGACAACUUUAAAAGAAUUUAGUUCAUAUUUAAAAGAUUAUUAGGCCUUCCUUAAAUCUGUCUCUGAAUAAUUGAUAAAAUUGACAAGAAAAGAGUGUAAAACUUUAAAUACAUACUUAGUUACCUGUAGAGAGUUUGAAAAUAAAACCAUCAAAGAGUUUAUAGAUAAAAAUAUUAUCUCAACAUCUAAGAUUAGCGAUAUUCUUGGACAUUUAUCAGAAAAUAUUAAUCAAUUAGAGCAAGAUAUUUUUUAAACCUAUCUUGAAAUAAAAUAAAACAAAGAAUUAGUAAUGCAAAAAGUAUACUUACUAUUUAUUUUAGUGUGAUUAAUAAAAAAAAGAAAGAGAUUAAUUAGUGAGUGCAAAAAACGUUGAAAAAUAGAUUAUUGACCAAUUCUCGUAAGUUGCGAUUAUUACCAUGCAAAGUAAUAUUGAAACAGCAAUUAACACAGAGAAGAAAAAAAAUGCUAAAAUAGUAGAUUCUUUCAAAAAGUUUUACAUCUAACAAAAAGAGUAUUAUAUCAAAAAUAUAUAAGUCAUGCAGAAAUUAUUGAAUAAUAAUUACUUUUAUAAAUCCAAUAUUUUGAUACUGUCCAACCAGAGUAAUAGACUUUAGAAAAAAUGAAAAAUUAAUUAUAAGUUUAAUCUUUGAAUCAAAGUGGAAAAUAAAUGAAUGCUUCUGGACCUGGGAUAUCUAAAUAAAAUGAUUCACCCAACGAAACCGAGCUAUUAUAAUCUCACAGAGAUAAACUUCUUGAAAUCAGAAAAUCAUAUGCUUCUUGUAGUCACACAAUGCCUUUACCCAUGAUUAUAAAAGAUUAGGUUGGAAUAUUUAAUAAUGAAAUACCAUAUAAUAUGUAGUUUUAAAAAUAUAUUCAUAAGGGAUUUAGCCAAGGAAUUCCAAUAGCAAGAGUUUUAUUAAUUCACUUUAUUAAUGAUGCUAAGAUUUAAGUGUUCAAAUUAAGAUUGGCCACUUUUAAUAACCCAUAUUAAAAAUAAAUUUAAAAUCAAUUUAGCUUCCAUGAAAAUAUUGGAAUCUUUUUUAAAUACCAUAUCAUCAAAUAUUCAAUCAAGUAUUACUAGUUCCAUUUUUAUAAACUUAAUUAAAGAUGCUCAAACGAUAAUUAAAAAUACAUAAAUUUACAAUGAAAUUAAAAAUAAUGAAAAGCUAUUUGCCAUUCUGAAAAAAUUAUUAUUAUUUUCAACUUUAAAUUAGUAUUGGGUUUAAUGUUUGUUGUAAUAAGCAUUUUAGAAUAAAAAUUAUUAAUUUGAUGAAUAAUAAAAAAAAUAUUUUACUAAUCUACUUAAAUCGAUGAUUAUUGAUGAGAAAGAUUUAGUUCAAUUAAAUUUCGAUUCUCAAAUAGAAGAAAUUUCCUAUCCUUUAAAUUAAUGCUUAUUAGAGCUCAUAUUAUCAGCAAUCAUAUAACCUUCUUCAAUCGACAUGGAUUUUAUACCCCUAAUAUUCUAAUUUGCAUAAGAUGUACUGAAACUUUCACCAGCUCAUGUUAGUAUAACAGUAAUUUCUUUAGUUUACUAAAAAAUACUUUAACCUGCAUUGAGAAUAAAAAACCUUGACAUCAAGGAUGCAGUAAUUAUUACAGAAUAGUUAACUCAAUAAUUGUGGGAUAUUAUAAGCAAGGAAAAGUUUAUCAAUCAAUCCAAAUUAUAAUUAAUAUUAAAAUAAAAGAAUUCAGAUAGAUUAUAUAAAGAUUUACUAGGACUUACAACUAGUUUUUGGUCUUAAUUACCUAGUGACUAAUUUUUUCUUUCUGCAUUUAUGAAUUUAUUUUAUAUUGUAGCAAACAUUUCACUUGAGUUUAUAGAAUGCGAAAAUAUAAAUUAAUUAAUUCUAAAGAUUAUGGAAUAAGCAGGCCACAAUUUUUAUAGUAUGUUCAUUAAAAGAGAAUAGUAUCAACAGAAUCAGAUAUCAGACAAAACUUUUAAUUAAGUAGCUAAUUUGGUAACUAUCAUGUGUAAAGAAUGUCUUGAAUUGAAAGAACAAUAUUUAGAUCAUUUUUCAAAAGGGAUAUAACAUCUCUUUACAGAUAAUUAAAAUCAUUAGAGUCUCUUCUUCUUUCACUUUAUGAUUGGUGCAUUUUCUGAGAUAUUUUUAAUACUUGAACAAGUUGAACUUUGCAUUCAAAAAGCACUCAUUUCAGAAGAUAAGAAUGGAAAGUAUUAUAAUGAUAUUAUAAAGUUCGUUUACUAUUUGUUUCGCUUUGGCUUAAAUAGAUAAUUAAAUCUUACCAAAUAAUUUAAAUACAAAAGCACUCUAAAUUAUAGGGCGGUCCUUAGAAAUAUGGUUUCAAUAAUCUUAAUAAAAUACAUUAAAAAUAUUGUAAUCUUUACUUUCGAAAGAAAAGUUUCUUGAUGAUACUCUAUCUUUUAAAGAACUUAUGCAACAAACAUAAACUAAAAGUAUAGAAGACUUUUGCUCUAUUUUAUUUAAAUCUUUAGAAGUGUUGCAGUAAGUUUCUAAUUUUAAAAAUUAAAACAUAUUUAAAAAAACUAUAAAUAGCAAAAUAGAGCAUGUCCUUUACACAGCAAUCUAAAUGUAUUUGGAAUAAAUGGAAUAAAAUCUUCAACAAAAAUCAGAUUAAAUAGUACUAUGGUUUCCUGUAAUUGUUAAGAGUAAAUAAAGCCUGCCUUUUGACUAAAAAUAAUUAGCACAACAAUAAAUUCAUCUUGUUAUUGAAAUGAUGAUGAGAAUUUGUAAUCUUAAUUUCCUUUAAUAAUAAUACUAGAAUCUAAAUGAUCAAUUGAAACUAGGUGUUCUAGAACAUUUGAGUAGUGAUUUUAAUACUAAAGGAAAAAUGAUUUGUAAAAAUAUUUCUAAAAUCCUCAUAUCGGAAAUUAUUUAUCCUAAUUUAUUUACUCCUAUUCAUCAAGACUUAAAAUCCAUGACUGAUCCCAAAAGUUAUUAAUAAAAAUCAGAAUGGUCUAUUCUUUAAUAAAUAGAUGAAAUAAAAGAUUUUUUUGUAAUUUUUAAUUAGAAAUUGCCAUUGAAUUAUUUUUCUUUAUUUUAUGAAACAUUCAUUAAUUCAUUUUUUGAAGGUACUUAUAAUUAAUAGAUUAUUAGGAUUAUUUUAUUGUAUAUUCGAUAUUAACAAAUUAUCAAACAUCCCUUAAGAGAUGUAUUUUGAAUUGCUUAUUUUAGAAUUCUAAAUUUUAUCAAAUUUUUUAGAAAAAUAAAUAUCCAACAAUGACUUAAAUAGAAAAGUUAAAUAAUAAAUAGCUGAAAUUAAAGAUAUAUCUAAUUGGUUUAGCUUGUCAAAUCAACAUUUAAUAACCACAUUUGAAUAAUACCAUUUGCGAUAAGACAAUAAAAAAAUGUGUUCUGCUCUUUAUCGAAUUAUUUUGCUUCGCAAACAAGAUUCUAAAAUGAAAGAUUUCGCAAAAAAAUAUUAAAAAAUUUAUGAAUGA